AUGCCACCCCAUCAUGUCUCAGAUCCCUUCGGAAUGGUGCUCAUAUGCCAGUCACAUUGUGUUUAUGAGGAUGGGAUAGGUCGGCUUCCUGUCAUUCCGAAGGACUGGGCUUUGCAUGCCACUCACUCGGCCGGUGAAUGGGUUGAGCAGCAAUUCCUUGCCCAUGUUGCUGAAAGACUGUUGGUAGACCCUCCUCCCGAGUUGGACGUCGAGACCAUGCUGUCUUGCGGUCAACUAGCACUACUCAUGGCCGAAGCCUAUCGACACACAAUUAAAUUGGAUAUUGACAUAAUUCGAUACAACGAGGCUCUCUCCAAAAGAGAAUCCGGAAUGAAUGAUGCGCAGGAACAUGCCUUAUUAGCGAAAUUCCCUCCUUCUGAGAAAAUCAUGUUGAGGCACCCGGCGGUCGUAUUGGACUCCGGGUACCGAAUCAUUCUGUGGUACAUCCUGGAUGCUCUUGCUCCAUGGGCACAGAAUGAUAUGUUCAAGGCCACCACCGCCAUGGGAGAUCUUUUGAAAAAAAGUAUAGUCCACCGGAGUGGUUUGGGUUGGAGAACCCACAAGUCAAACUUUCGGCCGGUCGAUACAAAAGGAUUGUCUCCGGGCUGUAUCAAUAUCACCCCGUGUUGGUUCCAGCAAGGACACGAAUGCUACGGCCCCCUGCCUGAAGACCCCGACGACGGUUUCAAACCCGAAGUGUCUGCCAUGCUCAAGGGCGAGCGCAGCCUGGAGAUGAUCAUAGAUAUCCAGAGACCCGCCCUGCUCGCCUCUGUUGCCCUCCGAGUGAUGCAUCCUCAGCUCUACUGGGCUUCCCUAAGGACGCACGUUGAGCUCGGCCGUUGGUCCGCACAGCAAGGAUUGCACGACAUGCAUCGCCUCUUGAAGCAUUGGGCCUCGGUUUACACAGGGGCUGCUGUCAUGUGUAACCGUGAUUUUCCUUGUCACCAAGAUCCGAAAUGCCUGCCCAAGGCAUUUGACAUACUGACUUGCAUUGGUAGCUACCAACAUGCAAUCAUGCACUUAACCAAUCUCGGGAUCAAUUUAGCAUAUAACCCAGGGGUCAUGGUGAGCUAUUCGGGUCGUCUGGUGAGACAUGGCAUUCGUGUUAAUGAAGGGGAUCAAAUAGUAUGGGCCUGGUUCAUGCGUGAUAGCAUGCACAACUACGCCCGCACUCCUUGUCCGGAUUAUGCCGGAUAUAAUCCUGCUGACCUCGAUGCCUGCAUAUUGGCGAAGUACAAUCAGGCGGAUUUCAUGGUGUAUGGUACUCUAUAG